AGCAUAAGUAACCUGAAAAUUAAGGAACGGUGACCGGUCUGUUCCUGACGUACAAUUUAUGCAUUGUUGAUAAUUAAGUAGAUUAAAAAAACCCUAACCUCUCUCCUCCCUCUCUCACUCUCUAAACGCCACCACACAAAAAGAAUACCCUCCUUCUCCUCUCUCAUAUCCACCACCACCACACCAUCUAAGGAAACAAUGAAGAUAAAGAACAAAGGCAAAGUAUACCCAUCUCCAGCAUCUUCAUCUUCUUCUGUUGCCGCCAUUAAAGGCGGUGACAGAGAUGUGCUCUCUGUACUCAAGCUUCUUCCUGCCGCCAUUCUCGCUUUAGCUUCCGUUCUCUCCCUUGAAGACCGUGAAGUUCUUGCUUAUAUGAUCACCAGGUCACUGAAAACCACCACCAACCAUAACCCAAACGACCCUUCUUCUCUUUCUCAAGAUUCCAAGAGAAAAUCCUCCAAAAAACCACCAAAUGCCCCCACUACCAACUUUGUUAGUAGUAACCACAAGCCUCCUAUAUUUGAUUGUGAUUGUUUUGACUGUUAUACAAGCUAUUGGUUCAGGUGGGAUUCUUCUUCUAAUCGCGAGCUCAUCCAUCAAGUCAUUGAAGCUUUUGAAGAACACUUGACAAACGGUGAACAAUCCAGGAAAAGCUCCAAAGGUAAAAGACGGGACAGAGUGGGUCGUCGGGUUGGUGAGAAGCCGGUUCUUGAUGUUACUGACCGACCCGAAAUGCUGGAGACUCCUCCACUGAACGCCGAUGAAUCCUCCAUUGUUUCUCCUGAUGAUGACGUCCCACUCGUUGGUACGCCUGAGAGAGCGGCUGAAGGAGAAGGGGAAGAGGAAAAGGGAGCUAAGAGAACUGAAGAGAAGAGUGAGUUGGUGCCGGCGGUGGAGACGGAAGAGAUGGCGGUGGUAAGGUCACCGCAGGCAGUAAGCAGCCAUAAGGGUUUGGCAAGGAAGGUAUUGCCGGACGUUUUAGGAUUAUUAAAUUCUCGUUUAUGGAGUCUCUGGGGUCCGAAUGUGUAGAAUGCCAAAAAAUAAUUAAAGAAAUUAUUUUUUUUGUUGGCUUUCUUCAGAAAAAUUUAGAAAAAUGAAAAACAAAAAAAAGGAAGAGUAAAUUUUUGGUGGAAAGUUACGUUAGUACCUCUCAAAAAUCUCAGUGGAAGCUUUCUUUCUUUUUAAAUA